CACACACACACACACACACACACACACCGCACACACAGACUUGAGCCGAAAACAGCGCCCAUCACUUUCGCUCAGAGGAAAAAGUUGGCUCGAAGCGAUCAAAGCCGGAGUGUUCGAGCCAGCCAUCGAUUCACCCAUCAUCGAACCUAGCCAGCCGACUUGUCGCUCUCAGCUCGGUUGCUCAAUUGCUCCGCUCCAUCGAAAUCAUAGUGUAGGUGCAGCACCAGGACGUCUGCAGGAAGUAAACAUCGAAGUAACUCCCGGAGAAAUCAGCUGUGUUGAGUUGGGUUGACACGGCGGUAGCUGUGUACCUAGGCGGUGAUCAUACUACCAGGACUGCUCAACAGCAACAGCAGGGACCUUACAAUUUACGUAUAGACUACAGCUAGAACUGGAGAUCGAUAGGAUAGAACAGGAAAGACUGCCAAGAUGAAGUUCGGAAAGACGAUUCAGGCUAGACAGAUCCCCGGUUGGGGGACAUAUUACUUGGACUACAAGUUUUUGAAAAAGAUCAUCAACUCGCUCGCAUCACAUAGGCCCGCUUCAGAGGCUUCUUUGUUGGCAGUCGGCAUCCGGCCCAGCCCAACCCGGAUAGAAUCAACCAGUCUCAACCCUCUCGAUGCCUCUUCACCUACAGCCACUCCGACGCUAGGCCCAGGCCGAUCGACGAGCUCCACAACAUUGACAUCAUCGACCCCUUUCCUCCUCUCCCCAGCAUUACACGCUCAGAACCCGUCCUUGGGCAACCACCUGAACCUCGAUGCCGGCGUCCAGUCGAUCGAUCUGGAACCCUUACCACCGGGAGCGGAACCGCCGGCGCCUGGGGAGAGCGCUUCGGGUGGAGUGAAUGGGGUGGCUAGGGGGAGAGAUAGGGAGAGGGAUGAGAGUUUCAAGGCGCACAGAGCGGUGUUCUUCUUCAAGCUCGGGAGGGAGCUGGAAAAGAUCAACGCCUUUUACCUGACAAAGGAGCGAGAUCUACGGUUACGAAUCCUGACCUUGCUCAACAACCGUAAACGUCUCCUCCUCCAUCUCGGUUCGGCUUCCACCUCGGAUCCAAGCGAUCUGGACGACGUCGCGCAAGGCAUGUCCGGAGCGGAUCCAUCCAGAAAGGGAGCCGAAUGGGCCAACCUCGAGGAAGGAUGGAGGUUGUUUGAGAGGGACUUGGUCAAGCUGCAACAGUUUAUCGAGAUCAACGCCACGGGAUUCAGGAAGAUUCUGAAAAAGUGGGACAAGCGGAGUAAGAGCAGUACCAAGGAGUUGUACCUCGAGAGACAAGUUGAAAUUCAGCCUUGUUUCAACCGGGAGUGCAUCACAAAGAUGGCCGAUAUCGUGGCGGCCAACUUGCUCGACCUCGAACGGGGUUCCUCUCACCUCAACAUCUCGUUCCUGGACGACCUCCCCGAAGCCCUAGGAGCUGACGGGUUGCACUUUGAGCGAGAGCCUAGUUUCGACGAUCGGCCGGACCUCUUGCCCGCGAUCGGGAUGGACGCCGUCUCGGACUUGGAGUACGAGUUGGAACGCACACUCGCCGACCAGAGUUCGGAUAGCGUCUCGAAUUGGCUCAAUGCCGCUCGGGAGAGGCAGAGACAACAUCCGGAUGCGACGAGGCUGAUGAGGCUGCUGUGGCGGGCGGUCGAGGAGCUGGAACCUAGGUAUCUCGACAAGGUUCUUGCAACCCUUCCUGUGGAUUUCAACUUUACUGACAAGAUCAACGGGAGAAGUCCUCUGCACGAAUCGUGCAUCUCGGGUCGGGUCGAGCUCGUCAAGAUCUGUAUCGAAAAGGGCGUUCCUCUGGAGGCUCAGGAUACUUAUGGUCGGAAACCGUUGCACUACGCUGCCAUGCACGGGCAUGUCGAUAUCUGCGAGACGUUGCUCAAACACCGCGUCGACGCGACCGCUGUCGACAUGGACGGUCAGACCCCGCUCAUCCAGGGUGUUGUCGCGGGACAUGCCGAUUGCGUCGAAGUCUUGGUGAAAUACGUUGGAACGCAGAUCUUGGAGACGUCGGCCAUCUCGAAUGAUCUCAUCCCAUUGUCUUUGGCUUGCCAACACGGGCGGAUCGAGGUCGCACGGUUGUUGCUGAGGAACGGGGCUAAGGUCUUGCCGAAUUCGGAAGGCUUGUAUCCCCAGCAUUUGGCAGCGAGGGCAGGGCAUGCAGAUAUCUGCCAGCUCUUGGUACACGAAGGUGGUGCAGAUGGGGGAGGCAAGGAUAGGCGGGACAAGUACAACCAGUGGACCCCCUUGCACCACGCUUGUGUUGGAGGUACCGCCAGUCACGCGGACUGUCUGAAGGUGCUCAUCGAUGCCGGAUGUGAUGUAAAUGCGGAGGACGAGUACGGCAAGACUCCUGGUUUCUAUGCCGGAUGGUACGGCCAAAUCGCGUGCCUGGAGAACCUCUUGAAAGCUGGUGCCGAUCUUGGUCGAGCCAAGGCGACCGGGACGUCGUCCAAGGUUCAAAAUCUAGGUUUCGGGAGUGCUGAUGUGCAAGGCACCGCAUCGCCCAACUCGGACGGAGAGGAUGAUAUGAUGCUGGAUGGCGAAGUAGACAUGAUCCCGUCCCUGUCGUUGCCCCCUCCGAUCAUCCCACUCAGGAUGUACGGUCAUGAUUUCUUGGCCAAGAAGAGCCUCGUACAGGUGACCCUUGGUCAUCCCGUAUCUCAGGCUUCUUCGGAUCGACGGGUCUUCCCAGUACGGUUAUACAGCCGUACCGAGGACGACAAUUUGCUCGACAUGUGGUCCUCGCUCAAGCUCGUCAUGACCUCCAAGUUGGAUCCAACGGAUAUGCCGCACAGUGUUGUCUUGCCCCUCGCAGAUGAGCGGGAAACGUUUGGGUUCCACGUCGAAGACCUAGAUCGAUUCGCACUGGAAAUGUCACUGUACCCGACCUUCGGGUCGAGGGUCAUCGGACGGGCCGUUGUCUUGCCUGCUACAUUCCGGGACAUGCACAAGUCGCAGUCCCUCGUCGUCCCCCUAUUGGACCACCACUUGAAAGCGAUCGGAGAGGUUUCCUUCCACGUUGAAUGCAUCCGUCCUUUUGAAGGCGCACAACUGGAGAUCGGCGGUCGCGUCGAAACAUAUUGGAAGUCGACGACAGUGGCACCUCCCGCGGCUGUCGCACAGGAUCACGCUCAUCAAUUCCAGCCCCAUCGACCUCUCAGUGUUUCCACCACGUCUCCCAGCAUGAAAUCGGCUCUUCAAUCUUCCUCGAAAAAAGCGCCUGCGCACGAGACAGAAAAGAGUGGAUUCGUCACCGCCUCUUCGCUUGCAGGGGAGUAUCUCCACCUGGUGGUACAACUCACAAAGGAUUACGUUCCCGUGAUCUUUUCGCAAUGGCUCCUACCAUAUUCCGGAUUGACGUUGGGCGUUUCGGACGUAACGGCAAAGCAAUUCCAGGAAUUGAGCUCUUCCAGGGGGAAAACUGCCAAAACCGCCAUGGAGACACUAGGGUCAGAUGUAACACCGGCAAAAUGGCACAGGGCACUCAAGGACACCCUCAUGACGCUGGAUGAAGCCUUAACUAUCCUGCCGGCACAUAUAGGAGCGAAUCUGCAAAUCCGCUAUGCUUCCAAAGGAGACAUCGCCCGUGAAGGAUUGAUCAACGUACUGGAUCUCAACAAGGUUGUCGACUCUGUCCUACGAACGGUGUACGAAGCCGCGCGCAAGAGUACAAAUCCAGAUUCACAGAAGCGAAGUCGUCGAAUAAUUUUUACUGGAUUCGACGCGACACUAUGUACGCACAUCCAACUCAAGCAGCCGAACUUUGCAGUAUUCUUCAGCUCGUACUGCAACACUGAGCGCUCCACAGGCUCGCUUAUCCAGCAAGCCUCGUAUGCUGAAGGCAGUCUGAGCGUGAGGGAAUCUGUCAAGCUCGCAAAGAGUCAGAACAUGCUGGGCCUCGCUCUCGAUUGCAGACUUUUGGCGGCCGUUCCUGCUUUGGUACAAAGUGUCAAGGACGCUGGCCUGUUGUUGAUUGCCCUUGGUUCUGAUGAUGCGGUAACAUCUCUCAAACAAGCUUUGGCAACCCAGCAGAUGGUGGAUGGAUACAUGACGCAGGGCAUGCUGAGCUUGAACGCCUGAGCACAAGAUGCUGGCUACGCAACGUAAAGUGACGAAUUGUAAUGACUAGAUCUAUCUUGCCAGGGAACAGUCUGACAGGCGCAUAUACAACAUCACAUGUAGAGGCACAUGAAACUAUUUUCUCUGGCUCAGUCCCGACCGUAACCACGUGGUUUCGCUGGAUCCCUUCGCAACUUUGAGUAACUGUCAAUCGCGGCGGGUUUGUGACCUUUGUAAGCCAAACGGUGUUGGCGAGAAGGGGACAGGUGGUGGGCUGGUAAGGGGUAAACUUCUGCGACAUCGUACAACGGGUCGGGACCUUCCGCGACCCCACGGAGACUAGGUCCUCGCUGUGAUGGGCCGCGGCUGCUCUGACGAUCGCCUGAAGGGUUUCGCGAUCCAUGUUCAACAGUUCGAGGCCGUCUCUGCUGUUGUUCAGGACCGCGUGAACCGGAUCGACUGUGA